ACCGCACCGGCCAACAUAGCCGCGGUCAUGUCAAACAAACUCCUGAACAAUCAAACCAAACUCACUCUCUACCUCACAGCAACAACAUAAACCGUUGUCUCCAACAUCUUGUCGGUCAGUUUCUAGAGCCACCAACUAGACAAUGUCGCCUUCAACACCUUUCCCCGACUACCCAACACUCCACAGAUGUCCAAUGAACAUAGCUCAGCUGAUCGACCCUGCAAUCCGCUCCUGGAACCUAGGUCCUGGUUUUUGUACGCGCGACAACUUGUUCGGUGUGAGCUACGUACUUCUUCUUGUCGUAAACUAUAUGGUCGCCGUUCUAGCCUUGUAUGCGGUCUUCGCUAUCCUGGGAAAGAUCGUACGUUGGAGAGGAUUCGCAGGGAAGGAUACAAGAACUCGAGACAAGGCGCUGGAUUGGAGAAGUGCGGAUAGACUGGAGCGUGGUGAGGGGGGUUGGGUUGGUAAGCAGAUCAAGGCGUUUCGCCCGAUACUGAGUCCUGUAAGGGAGAAGGAGAAGAUGUGAUGGUGCCGAUGCAAAGUGUCACCAAAGUCGGAAAGGGCUCUGUAUGCAUUGCAAAGAGUCACGUCUACG